AUGAGAAAUCUUACAAGGAAUUAUAAUAACAGUGAUGAGGAUAAUAGCAAUGCUAGUUCCAAUUCCAAUAGUCAAGAACAGUUAAUUGAUAACGAUAGCCAUUCUUCAAUGGAAUUGAGGGGCGAUUCUUCUCUUCCUCUUAACGAGGAUACACCUUCUAUAACGAACCCUUUCCUGAGGAGUUAUGAAAAUACUGAAAAUUCAUCUUCAAUAAAUUAUCAUAAUAAUUCAGAAAAUAGUGAAUCUAAUUUUCUCCGAAGUGAAAACAACAACAACAAUAAAAGUCUUAAUGUGAAUGAUGAUGAGAAACUUUUAUCUUCAGACUAUAAAGGUUAUUAUUCAAAACCUCAUUAUAAUAACGUACUCCCCAAUUCACAUUCAAAUUCUAAUUCAAAUACAAGUGAUAGUUCAGGAACUCAUCCUUCAUUACAAUUGAUCGAUGAAAAAUAUUCAAAUCAAUCUCCUUUACCAUCGAACACAAAUUUAGAUAAACUAAUAGGUGCCACUCCUGCAUUCGAUCGUUAUCCAAUUAUAGGAACAAGAUUAUCAUCUCAAGCACACUUAAAUAAUCCACUAAGAAAUAACAGUAAUCCAAAUUCAAAUAUAGGUAAUGGUAUCACAAACAAUAAAAACGAAACCAAUAUAACUUCAAAGACAUCAUUCAUAAAUUCAAACUCAAAUUCAAAUCUUUAUCUUAAUGAACAAGAUUUUUCACCAUUUGGUGGCUACCCUACAUCUUCAUUCCCCCUAGAUUUUUCAGAAGUGGAAAAUGAUGAUUAUCUACAUAACCCAGACCUCGAAGAAGAGGCAAGAUUAGACAAGAGAAGGUUCAUAGAAGAUGUGAAACAUAUGAAUGGAAGAUCAUUUGGUGGUCUCGUAGGAAUACUGUUCCUUUUCCUCGCAUGUAUAGCCGUCUUCAUCAUAUUACCUGCAUUAACUUUCACAGGUGCAGUAGAUCAUGAACCUCAACAUGCUAAUGUGGAAACCAAUCCAACAAAUAACACAUACAUAGUCCAUGAAUAUUUGACACAAUAUCAAUAUCCACAAUUACAAGCUAUUAGAACAUCAUUAGUGGAUCCUGAUACUCCAAGUGAUGCAUCAACAAGAAUCGCCAAGGAUGGAUCCAAAUGGCAUUUAGUGUUCUCUGAUGAAUUUAACGCCGAGGGAAGAACUUUCUAUGAUGGCGAUGAUCAAUUUUGGACAGCUCCAGAUAUCCAUUACGAUGCCACAAAGGAUCUAGAAUGGUAUUCUCCAGACGCAUCAACCACUAAAAACGGUACAUUGAAAUUAAGAAUGGACGCUUUCAAGAAUCAUGAUUUAUAUUAUAGAUCAGGUAUGUUACAAAGUUGGAAUAAAUUAUGUUUCACUCAAGGGGCAUUGGAAAUCUCCGCGAAUUUACCAAAUUAUGGUCGUGUCUCUGGUCUAUGGCCAGGGCUUUGGACAAUGGGGAACCUAGGUAGACCAGGUUUCUUAGCAACUACAGAUGGUGUUUGGCCUUAUUCUUAUGAUUCUUGUGACGCAGGUAUAACUCCAAAUCAAAGUUCACCAGAUGGGAUUUCAUAUUUACCGGGACAAAGAUUAAGUGCAUGUACAUGUGACGGUGAAGAACAUCCAAACCCUGGUGUUGGAAGAGGUGCUCCGGAAAUCGAUAUCAUUGAAGGUGAAUCUGACACUGUAUUGGGUGUUGGUGUCGCUUCACAAUCAAUGCAAAUCGCUCCAUUCGAUAUUUGGUAUAUACCAGAUUAUGAUUUCGUCGAGGUUUAUAAUUUUACAGUGACAACAAUGAAUACUUAUUGUGGAGGUCCAUUCCAACAAGCCAUAUCGGCAGUGACUACUUUAAAUACCUCUUGGUAUGAAUAUGGACUUGAUGCGGGUUAUUUCCAAAAAUUUGCCAUCGAAUACUUAAAUGAUGACGAUGAUGGUUAUUGUCGUUGGUUUGUAGGUGAUAAUCCAACCUUUACAAUUUAUGCAAAAUCAUUACAUCCAAAUGGGAAUAUUGGUUGGAGGAGAAUUUCGAAAGAACCAAUGUCAAUCAUUAUGAAUUUAGGUAUUUCAAAUAAUUGGGCUUAUAUUGAUUGGCAAUCCAUUUAUUUCCCCGUGACGAUGUCAAUUGAUUAUGUAAGAUUAUAUCAACCUGCUGAUGCUAUCUCCAUAACAUGUGAUCCUGAAGAUUAUCCAACCUAUGAUUACAUUGAAGCACAUAAAUACGCUUAUUCUAAUGCAAAUCUAACACAUUGGGAAAAAGCUGGAUUUUCAACACCAAAAAAUAUAUUAACAGGCAAUUGUAAAUCAUCAAAUUAUGCCUUAGAAGAAGCUUGA